UUGAAUCGGCCUUUCUACACAUAAAUAGUUUGCAUCUCGAGGGACUUCAAGAUUAUUUUGGCCGGAACGUUCCGAUUGUGGACUAACUUGUGACAGUGAUUCGAACAUUCAUGACGCAGGUUUGCUAGUAAUCUUUCAAAACAAAACAGCAUGGCUCUUAAAAGCACUCUACUAGUGUGCUUGAUCAUCUGCUGCCAAAUUAGCCACGUUACGGCCGUGUCAGAAUGUUCGAGCGCUAUAGUCGCUUCAGUGUUCGGUACAAUCGCUGUGAUUCUUCUUAUCGCUGGUCUUGCAGCGCUGGUUUGGUAUUGUCGCCAAAAAAGAUCAGGAAAACUCUCGUCAAAGUCUUCAGUGGAAAGCGCCAGUGAACCAGAAAUUUCUCUCGGUACAAAAGCCAAAGGUGGUCAGGUUGGUUUAAAUGGCCAUGGAACUCCGGUCACUUUUUCACAUCACUACAAAGAAGAAGCGCCAUCUGCUGCCUACAACACCAAGGGAGUUGUUAAUCCAGCAUUUGGCGGGCAGCGAGAAGUGCUCAUUGACAUGCCAUCUAAAGAAGAUGGCGAAGUCAAAAUUGACAUGGAUGGAGAUAGUAGAUUCGAACUUCCUUCGUCCAAGGAAAGGGAGGUAAAGAUUGAUAUGGGUGAAGGUCCACAGAAAGAGAUUCCUACUACUAAGGGGGACAUAAAUCUUGACAUGGAUAUCGAUCUUGGUAUGAAUGUGUCCAAUGAAGGCAGCCCCAAAAUGUCAUCGAGAGAUGCAGAGCUCCCGGACGUAGAAUUCCAUCACAACAAACCGUCAGGAAUAGGUUUUCCGGGUGGGGAUGUUCCUGGUGCAGACACCGAUUUCGUCUUUGAGGGCUCAUCCACACCAACUUUUGACGUGUACGGACCAAAGAAUAUGGAAACCAUCGACGUUGAUCUUGACCGACCUGAGAGUGGUGGCUUUGGACUGUUGAUUGCGAGGGAUAAGACUUUGCCGCCUCCUGCUUUAUUCGUAAGAGAAGUAACACCUGGUGGUGUUGCUGCGAGAACAGGUCUCGUGGAUAAAGGUGAUAAGAUCGUUGGUAUUAAUGGAACUCCGAUUGAGGGUCUGGCUCAUGACAAAGCAAUGCGCCUUCUUCGCAAUGAUGACAAUCCAAGGAUAAAACUGACACUGUUGAAAAACCCUUUGCAAGAACGAAAUGGCUCACUGAAUUUACCCGAGAGAUCACUGGAUCUAUCUAAGACGAUUGAUGAAUCCUGUACAGUUGACGUGGAACCAGGACUAGAGGCUGGGAUUCCAUCUCUUGAUGUCGAAGGAUUGCAAGGGAGUGCAGAUCUAAGAGAGACGGAGACCUCAUUAAAUAUAUCAGAAUUCGAUGGUGAUGGCCCACAAGUGCGUAUUGCUGGGCCAAAUAUGAAACCACACAGUCUUCAAGGUUCAUCUUCAAAUCUGAAAUUGCCAUCACCUAAGACUAAGCGUGCUAAAUGUUUCUCCUGUCUAUCCAAAGGAGAUAGAGGGGAGCCCUACACCAAAGAAAAUACAAGUGAUAGAUUGGAUUGGGACAGACCGAGUGCUGAUCGUUCAUCGCAAGGUAGACUAAAAGCACAACUAUCCGGGCCAAAUGUUGAUGCUUCAGCUGGGAAGUUCAAGGGUUCAAAGACAAACGUUGACGUUUCUCCCGCCGGUGAGUUGCCUUCCUCAAAGAAGAAGCGGGGUAAUUGUUUCUCGUGUGCAGGAGACGGGGAUAAAAGCGACCCAUAUAAAACGACUAGGGGAAAUGUUGGUAUCAACCUGAGUAGCCCCGAUGGAUCAACAGAGAUGGUGAAACCCAGGAGUAUGGACAUAGCUGCUAUCGAAGGACCAAACAAAGGAAUCUCAACAGGACCGCCAGAAAUUUCCCUCCACGUAAAAGAUCCAACUAUAAAUACCCCCGAUGUAUCUAUUCCAUCAGGAACCUCUGAUAUCGGCAUUUCUGGAGCAGGAGACAUUUUUUCAAAACGACCAAAAGUUGAAAUGGAAGCCAAUUCCCCAGACAUUGAUGGACCAAAAGGAAAACUCGACACAGACAUUUCAGUCCCAGAUGCAGAUAUAUCACAUGGUGAUUUAAGAGGCCCUAGAGCACAAAUUGAUGCACCUUCUGGAAAGUUAAAUUUGCCUUCUUCAAAGAAAAAGCGCGGUAACUGUUUGUCGUGUGCAGGAGAUGCAGAUAAAGACGACCCUUACAGAAAAACUCAAGAACGUGUCGACUAUAACCUCCGCUACCCUGAUGGAUCACUAGAGAUAGAGAAACCUGGGAAAUUGGACAUAAGUGCCUCUUCACCAGAUUUUCAAAGACGUGAGGAAACGAAAGACUUGAGCUUCAAUUCAACCGAACCGAACUUUGAUGUGCUGGGCCCAAACAAAGGAGUUUCAACGGAAAUGCCAGAAAUUUCACUUCAUGCAAACGAUCCAAGCGUAGGUACCCCCGAUGUAUCUUUUCCAUCAGGAGAUAUCGAUAUCAGCCAUUCUGGAGCAGGAGACAUUUCUUCAAAACGACCAAAAGUUGGAAUAGAAGCCAAUUCCCCAGACAUCGAUGGUCCGAAAGGAAGAUUCGAUAGAGACAUUUCAGCCCCAGAUGCAGAUAUACCACAUGGCAAGCUAAGAGGGCCUGGAGCACAAGUUAACGCACCCUCCGGACAGUUGAAUUUUCCUUCUAUAAAGAAAAAGCGCGGUACUUGUCUGUCAUGUGCAGGAGAUGGCGACAAAGACGACCCCUACAGAAAGACUCAAGGAAAUGUUGGCUAUGACUUCAGCGGCCCCGAUGGAUCAAUGGAGAUGGAAAAUCGUAGCAAAGUGGACAUAAAAGCUCCCGGGGCUGGUUUUCAAGGCCGUGCACAAACAAAUGACACGAGCCUUGAAAUAACUAAACCAGACUUUGAUAUCGAAGGACCAAACAGGGGAAUCUCAACAGGACCACCAGAAAUUUCCCUCCACACAAAAGAUCCAAGUAUAAAUAACCCAGAUGCAUCUUUUCCAUCAGGAAGCACCAAUAUCAGCCUUUCUGGAGCAAGAGACAUUUCUUCUAAACGACCUGAAGUUGAAAUAGAGGAAAAUUCCCCAGACAUCGAUGGACCCAAAGGAAGAUUCAAUACAGAAAUUUUAGCCCCAGGUGUUGAUGUAUCACAGGAUAAACUGAGGGACCCUACAGCUGCAGUUAACGCACCCUCCGGACAGUUCAAUGUCCCUUCUACAAAGAAAAGGGGCGUUAAUUGUUUGUGAUGUGCGGGAGAUGGGGAUAAAGACGACCCA